AUGGCAAGUAAAAUCGCUUCUGAGGACAAAGAAAGGUCCUUCUAUUUGGUCCGGAGCCGGUAUCUGGAGGAUCAGUUGGAGAGGUGUCAGCCUCAAUGUGACAAGCUGGAGACUGAGAACAAGGACCUCGUCUCUGAGUACGAUGCGUUGGAGAAAGACAAGAGAGACGCCAUUAAGUACCUGAAAUGUCCGGUGGUGGUAAAAGAGAAGAAGGUGUCUGAGUUGUCUGAAGAGUUGGAGAAUCAGCAUCAAACGGCCGAAUGGGAAAGAGAGGAUUUAAAGCUGCAAUACAGCAAACAGAUGGAAGAGCUGCAGCGGCUGAGAGACGAGCUGGAUUCAAAGAGGAGGAUGCAGGAUGAGACAGCGGACAAAGGAGCCGUCAAACUGGAGGAGCAGCAGACCGACCUGAAGCAGUCAAUGCAGUGGCUGUCCGAUGUGCAGUCUUUUCUCAGUCAGGAGGAGAACUUCCGCAAACUGCGAACGGAAACAGCUCUGAUGAGGGAAAGGAUACAGAGUAAUAUUGAGUGCAUUGAGGAGGCCGGUGCAGAAGAGGAGAGCGAGUCCAGCGUUCCUCAGACGGUGAAGGAUCAACACAGUGGACAACUGGAGCAGCUUCCAUUCCUGCUGAGGGAAGCUGAACACCGCAGGGAGAAGUUGGAUGCCCUACAGGACAGAGAGGAGGAGAUUUGUUCUCAACUGUGCGCCUUGAAUAAAGAAACCCUGGCGAUGGAGAUUCAGGAAUGCAGCUCCAGCAAGAAGCUGAAUGAGUUAAAGGCGUUAUACCUGCAGCUGCAGAGGGAAUUCAAGGACGGUAGUGUGGCCCUGCAGGACGCACUGGACAAGACACAAGAUGUCAGACAGUGCCUGCACUCGAGGGAGUUUCAGCAGCAGUUGUCCGAGUUGGAUGAGCUGAAGGCCAAGCUGCAGAAGGACAGGAGCCAGAGGACGGAGCUGGAGGGCGUGAAGCAGGAAGCAGUCGUCCUUCUCGGACUCAUCCUGACGGACUCAGAACAAGUGUUCGCCACUCAGUGGAAGGUGCAGAGGAUGCUGGAGAUCCUGGAGAGCAGCGCCCCCCCCCCCUGGGAAACAGAGCUCAGCCUCAGCGACUCUCCUCAAGGACCAAAACCACCAGAGCUCCGAACCAGUCAGCAAACCCAGCAGUCGGACCACAUGCGGCUCCAUCGACCCGUCUGACCCGACGCCUCGACAUGCUGAUUCAGAGGCAGGCGCCUCCAGCUCUGCAGACCACUGAACCAAAUCCAACACCAAGGAAGAUAAGUGUUUUUCAAGCCGUC